AUUAGCAGGAGCACUCAGCCUGCACAGCUGGGGCUUUGAUGCCUUGCUCACUAUUGCUUCCCACUCAGAUUUCCAUUCAUUCCGAGUUGGUAUCCAGCCCAAAGCCCUGGCUUCCCCCUGAGACCCUCAGCGUGUCUACAGGACUCCAGUUUAGUAUUCACUGGAAGAGCUGCACUGAUGCUCCCUCGCUAGACCUACAGGCUGCUGGUUGGAGCCAUAAGGGAACGGGAGGAAGAAUUAGCCUGUGUGUUUAUGUGGCUGUGCUCCAGUAAAUAUUUUGAUGCAUCUGCUGCCAGCUGUGGUCUGAGGGAAUCUACCUAGCAUUUAAAUUUUGAUGGGGAGCUGUUUUGAAUAAUAACAGUGCAGCCGGCUGUGAGUCAGUGCAUGUGUGUUGACUUAAAAAAAACCCUCAAAGCUUAACGCUUGCUGAAUGCCGAGCUGCAGUGCUUUGCUUUUUCCCUCCUCCUUCCUUCUUUUCUUUCUUGUCUGGACUUCCUCCGUUUUGUUUUGUUCUUGGGGGCAUUUCACAUAGAUUUUGUUCACUGUCAGUGGAGGGGUGGGGUAAGAGGAAUAAAAAAAAAAUCCCAGCUGAAAUAAAUCCUCCCCAAAAACUCACGAGUAGCUUUUGCAAUGGGUGCUGUCAUGGGUACAUUCUCUUCUCUACAAACGAAACAAAGAAGACCAUCGAAAGGACUUUAUGUUGUACUUAAAUACUGCUGGUAAAACAAAGGCCUGGAGAAAUAGUUGUAACAGGGCUAGAUCCACACCUCUACAAGUGCUCUCUCACGCUGGUAAGUCUGGAUUGGUCUGUUUGAACUGUGCAGUUUGGGAAUGUAAGUGAACAAAGUAAGCCUUCUUCAAGCUGUCCCAGCCUGUUAACAAGAUAAAAUUGAAGAUGAAUUAGAAAUGACUACAGUGUGCCAUAGACCCGAGGGACUGGAACAGCUUGAAGCACAAACCAAUUUCACUAAAAGAGAACUUCAAGUUCUUUACAGAGGAUUUAAAAAUGAAUGUCCUAGUGGUGUUGUUAAUGAAGAAACAUUCAAACAGAUCUAUGCACAGUUUUUUCCUCAUGGAGAUGCCAGCAUGUAUGCACAUUACCUCUUCAAUGCCUUCGACACUGCACAGAAUGGCUCAGUGAAGUUCGAGGACUUUGUGAUGGCAUUGUCCAUUCUGCUACGGGGAACUGUUCACGAAAAGCUGAGAUGGACAUUUAAUCUGUAUGACAUAAAUAAGGAUGGCUAUAUAAACAAGGAGGAAAUGAUGGAUAUCGUAAAGGCAAUUUAUGAUAUGAUGGGGAAAUACACAUAUCCAGUGCUCAAGGAAGAUGCACCAAGGCAGCAUGUAGAAGUGUUUUUCCAGAAGAUGGAUAAAAACAAAGAUGGAGUUGUAACUUUAGAUGAGUUUAUUGAAUCAUGUCAGGAGGACGACAAUAUCAUGCGAUCCUUACAGCUCUUUGAGAAUGUCAUGUAACCAGACGAGCACUGGAGGAGUCUGAGACUUCCUGUGUGACAAAGAUCUCCUUUCUGGGUGAAAGCUUUUUACAACUGAGCCAUGUCCAGUGUGUGAGGAUUUUGUAUGACAUCUCCAACCAAAUGGCAACCGAAUGCAACCGAUCCCACCUCUUCUCCCCAGGAGAUGCCGGUGGACCUUUGUUUCGUUUUGGAAGCAUGUGAAUAUUUUAAUAAAUCCCGACAAGAGAGAACUGCUGCUCGAAGUUCAAUGAGUAAUACAGAGCAUUGUUUGCUAGGCACAAGUCCUGCUUCUAAUCUAGCAAGCUUAAUUCCCUAUGAUAGCACACGUUGAUAGCUAUUCAGCCAUCUAUUGCAAGUGACAGCUCAGUCCAUACCUCCGUUCAGCACAAUGUUUUAUGGAUGCCUUGCCAUUAAUCUGCUUUGACAAAACUCCAAUCUGCCAGGGCAGUCUGUGAAAAAAUGAACAGUCAAUGUAUCCAGGACAUUAAACAGACAGCCCAUGUAGCCACUAUCCCCAUUUCUGUAGAGAUCCCGCUUAUCCUCUCACAUGCACUGGUGCCACCACGCUGAGUUUGGUGGAGUUCUGCCUGAACCCAUUAACCGGGUGGUCUUCAUGCCAGGGUGAGCCAGAAAGGAGCAAAACAUGUUGCACAAAUUAAUAUCAAAGUACAAAACAAAUCCUGUUCAGCAAUGGUCAGUUCCCAAGAGACCAGGCAGGUGGAUAAGGGCUGGUACAGAGGGAUGGUACAGGCCUGCUCUGGUCCCAGCUGCCUGUUGAGUCCCAGGGACACCAGGUGAUUCUCCACUGUGCAUCUCAGCAGCACCAUGGCCAUGUGCUCUGGUCCUUUUGCUGUAAUUUGGUACAUGCUUCCUAGAUUCAUCAUUACCAUAAGGUCUUGCUCCUUUUAUGGAUUUAUUUAGGCUUUAUUGCUUUACUUAGUGAAGAACAGGGCCCAAAGAUGCAGCUGUGUUUCAACAUACAGAACUUGGCAUCCACAAAGUGCCCAGCACAUUUGAUUGGGAGCUCUUGAAUUGUUAUUAGCCUUGGAAUCAGCUGCCAGGCCCAUAUUUUUUCCUACGUGGCAGUAGCAUGCCUUGUACAAGCCCCAUUUCCUCACUAAUGCCAGGUAGAGUGUUGGAUUAGGGGUUUGGUUUUUUAAUUAAUAAAACAGAAAAACUCGUGUAGUGAAUUUACACCAAGGUUGGAUGGUUUGUCAGCUGGGGAACAUGUCAGAGCCUUCUCUGCAGAAGCCUCUUAGGAAAGCUGACUCACCAGAGUGCCAUUGCCAUCUCCAGGUAGACAGUGGCUGAGGAACAAAGGGAAGGAGGCAACAGCCAGCUUUUCCAGCUGUUCAAACCACACAGAUGGGACAGUCCCUGCAUAGUGCUACAUCACUCCCAUCCAGUAAGCAUCUAUUUUUAUUGUAUCACAUACUAUAUUACAGACAAACUGUUAGCAGUGAAGAUAUAUUUUAAAAAUUAUGUAAGUGGAAGCUUUUUAUAAUACAGAAUAUAUAGAAUGACUCAGUUCUGUAGCCCUAAUUUUAUAAAAAUUUCAUCUGUUCAAGCAUUCCUGAUUAUAGAAGUAGGUCUGAUCAGUCCUAGUAUAAUGAUAAUGCCAAUUCCCCAAGAUGGGGCAUUUUCCCUUUUUACUGUGCUCCUCCAUACACUUCUAUGUAGCCUUAACUUUAUUUCUUUAAGUUAACCCCUUGUCAUCAAAAGUGCCAUUCAAGUGCAGUAUCAUGUCUGCAGGGAUGACACCUUAGUCCAUCUUAUUUCUUGGCUUUCAUGCAGAUACCAUUAAUGAAUUCCUCCCAGCAGUGAACCAGAGCACAGCAGCUCCAGUGAGGGGCUGGGGUUUGCAGGAGGGAGGCCACCCUGUGGGAGUACCUUGUCCUCCAGUUGUUGGGCAUCGUCAUUUAGGCUUUAUUUAAUAGGCACUUGGUAAAGACAUCAGUUGUAGCUGAAACAACACACAAGUUUACACUGUUCCUUCUUAAGUCUUCUUGCAAUCACUUUAGCAAAUGACAGAAUUUAAUAUAAUUUCAAGGUUUUCCCUCCCACCAAAAGAACAUCUGUCUUUUAUUCUAAGCAGUUCACUUCAGCAGAGGGAGAAGUGGUCAUGACAAUGGAAAAGAAGGAUUUGAAUGAGGCUAGCACAGUGCCUUUUUCCUCUAAUAGUCUUGCUUCAAGGGUGCUCAUGAGAUGGCACAUACAGACAGAAAUGUUUGGAAUGUGCCCUUUUCAAAAGAAAAUGUUAUUAGUUGCAUGAUGCCAUAGUCCCUGAAGCUAAAAUAAUUUCUGGAGUUACUGUGAUGAAUUUGGUCUCAGCUAUGUUUCCUGGCCCUGCUGGCAGCAGUUCUGUGUGGGCUGCCUUUGUCACCAGGGCUGUCACUGCUUUCUCUUGAGUGUGGCUCCAGUUCAGCAGCAAACAGGCGGUGUCACUGUCAGUGCAUGCUGAAAUCAGGGUACCAGGACUGACCCUGCACUUCUGGCAUCUCCUUUGCUGCUCCACUGUGCCUGCCAGGAACAAUGAGGGUGCAUCAGGUAGAGAGGGAGAUGCUGAGAGCCAUGCUGAGUCUGCCCUUAGAGAAUAACAAGCUUUGAGUUGGAUCCCACAGGGGUCAGACCUCUCCCACACACCCCUGAUGUUCAGCCCUGGGUUGAGCUCUGUGCUUCACCUGAAGUCCACAGUAGCUGAGACAGGUGGACUUGCAAAGUGUCACCCACAGCUGUGUUUUCCCAGAGCUCAGAUUGCAGAAUCUGUCUGUGGCAGAGUCCUUGCCAUUGCAAACCCAAUUAUUACCCUUGUGUUUGUCCCUGAUCCCACUGUUACAGCCAGAGGCUGGGAUGCACCAAUGCAUAGAAGGCCUCUGGGUUUUCCAUCAGCAGCAUCUGUCCAUGGCGGAUGUUCUCCAGCCGGCAGGUGACAAACAUCAGUGACUGUGAGAGAGCCACUCUCUGCAUGGAAAUGGCUUUGGGUUUGUUUUUCAUGUUUUCUGUGAAUGUUACUCUACUGUAAACUUGCCAAGCCUCUGCUUGCUCAUAAAUGGGGCUUGCAAUAUUUAUGACAAACACUACUAGAGAUUUCUAAAUAAAACACACUAUGCUACUCCAGUCUCCCGCCCUCAUCAAUCCUCCUGCCAGUAGGCAGAAGGCAGUUCCUGUUACAGUCAGAUUCUCUGUCAGUGCUAUCAACUGUGCACAUUUCCUCCAAGUCGUGAAUGUUUAAAUAAUGUUUCAAUCAGGACUCUGACUGUUUCACUAGUUACAAACAUUAGUCUGCAUCUUCAUGCCAGCAUUUUUUAUAGAAAGCCUUUCUAAUAUGCAUUUUAGGUAACAAUCUGCUGACAAAUAGGAAUGUGAUUAAUGAUAAUGCAAAAAAAAAAAGAAAAAAAGAAAAAAAAAAAGUACUGUGCCUGUUCUGUGGCUGUUUGUUUUCCUGUUCCUCUGAAUGCAAUGCAAUAUUGUGAGUAAUCAUGAGCCAAGCUAAAAGCUUGAGACACAAAUACCCUGAGGUUCAGGCAUUGUGGGCAGUGGCAUUUCCUGACUGCAGUAUGUGUUGAGAACAAACACCCUUGUGUCCAUGGGUCACCUCUGAUGAGAUGGUAGCAGCAGUGUGUCAAACUUUUUUCUUCUUCAUGGAAGUGCCGUGAAAGACCUAAGGAAAUGUGCAAAUAAUGUAAAUUGUGAUAACUAAAGCCAUGUUAAUGGAUCAGCCAUGUAUAGCUUCACUGUUACAAAUGCUGUUCUCCAAUGGCAAUUUGUACUCAAUUUUGUGGAAUGGUUUUAAAAAUGUUGGUUCUAAUAAUAAAAAGAAAAUACCUGUAGAGGGUGUCCUUUCUUAAACCCAAUAUGUAUUUUUUCUCAAGGGACACUGUCAGGUUAAAAAUUUGCAAUGAAGCUUUCAAAAGUGAGACUCAAACAUGUAUCCACGUGCAUAGGGGCUAUGAAACCGAACUGUGCUGUGAGCUAACACAUGUCAAUGAUUUAUUUGUAUCACUGAUUCAGGGGUUCUCUGAUAUUUGAUGUGGUUACAUACACUGAACUCAUAGUUUGGCACUUGUGUAAAGUUCAGAAACGUUCUUCUACCUGCAUCACUGAUGGUAACUUGGGGUAGUAAAAAUUGAAAACUUAGAGGCAUGUCUUUUCCCUUCUGCAGUUCUGCUUAAGUAUAAGCAGGAAAACAGACAACUGAGUUGAAAAAAAAUGCAAACACUAUUUUAUGUUAUAGAUAAUAAAAAUAACCCAAAACCUCACAGUGUCCCUUUUGGUUUGGUUUAUUGUAAACAUCCAUUCUGACAUGUGGAGGAAUGCAGAAGUGAUUUUGCCAGACUAUAUAUAUGUGUGUACAUAUAUAUAUGUAUGUUUGCUAAACUCCAUUUUGUAGGGUAUAAUCUGUCUACCCAUACAUCCCAGGAAAAAGAACAUUCAUCCAUGGAGAAAUAUGAAAAUAAAGGUGUCUGUGUGAAACA